ACAACCUCCUCGUAACAGAACCCAAUCAUUGUCGGUGGAAUUCUUGUACAUUUACAUUUUUAUAUAGAGUACGUGUGUGUGUGUAGAUAAAUGAAAUAAGACACAACAUAAGGAAAACUAAAAGAAUUAAAAAAAAUAUAAAGAAAAUCAUUUUAGAAAUUAAGCAACAAUUCCAGGGAAUAGUUUUGUUUUUCAUAAUUUUUAUACGAAAAAAAAACUAAGUGGAACCAAAUUGAAAAGUUAAUUGAUUUUUGUUUACUAGAAAGCAAAUUUAUUUCGUUAAUUACCUCCUCUCUCCCCUUAAAUUUUUAUAAUUUAUAAAAAAAAAUCCCUCAAAAAGAACCAAAAACAAAAUGUGGCCUGAAAAUGUUGGUAUUUUAGCCAUUGAGGUUUUGUUUCCCUCACAAUAUGUCGAUCAAACCGAAUUGGAACAAUUUGAUGGUGCAUCAGCCGGUAAAUACACCAUUGGUUUGGGACAAUCUAAAAUGGGUUUCUGUUCCGAUCGUGAAGAUGUCAAUUCACUGUGUCUCACCGUUGUCAGCCGUCUCAUGGAGAGACAUCAGAUAAAAGCCGGUGAUAUUGGUCGCCUGGAGGUGGGUACUGAAACAAUAGUGGAUAAAUCGAAAUCGGUUAAAUCGGUGCUAAUGCAAUUGUUUGCCGAUAGCGGUAAUACCGAUAUUGAGGGUAUCGAUACUACAAAUGCCUGUUAUGGUGGUACAGCAGCUUUAUUCAAUUCCAUCAAUUGGAUUGAGUCAUCCUCUUGGGAUGGACGUUUAGCUUUAGCCGUUUGUGCAGAUAUAGCGGUUUAUGCUAAAGGAGCCGCCCGACCAACUGGUGGUGCGGGAGCUAUAGCUAUGUUAGUGGGACCAAAUGCUCCGUUGGUUUUCGAAAGAGGCCUAAGAGCUUCACACAUGGAGCAUGCCUAUGAUUUCUAUAAACCCGACUUGAGUUCGGAAUAUCCUACGGUGGAUGGUAAACUAUCGAUUCAGUGUUAUUUAUCAGCUUUGGACACCUGCUAUCAAUUGUAUCGUAAGAAGUUUGAAAAACUUAAUCCCUCGGUGGAGACAGAAGGUUUGGACAACUUCGAUGCCAUACUAUUCCAUACGCCGUUCUGUAAAUUAGUACAAAAAUCUGUGGCCAGAUUAGUAUUCAACGAUUUCCUUUUAACCAACGAUGAAACUAAGAGAAGUAAAAAAUUCCCCGGUUUAGAUAAAUUCAAUAGCGCCACCUUGGCCUCUACUUAUUUCGAUCGUGAUGUUGAAAAGGCAUUCAUGACACAAUUCGCCAAUGUUUUCGAAACAAAAACUAAGAAAUCUCUACUUUUAGCCAAUCAAGUGGGCAAUAUGUAUACACCUUCUGUGUAUUCUGGUCUAGUUUCAUUGCUGGUCAAUGAAAGUGCUGAAAACUUGGUGGGCAAACGUAUUGCUGUCUUUUCAUAUGGUUCCGGUUUGGCCGCCUCCAUGUACUCCAUUAAAGUGACCUCAAAUGCCGAUGUCUUCCAGAAAUUCGUCGAAAAGUUAGAUUAUGUUUUACCUUUAUUGAACUCACGCGAAAAGGUAGAACCACAAGUAUUUUCCGAACUUAUGGAGAUAAGAGAAAAAAAUAAUCAUGCUGCACCCUAUACGCCUUCGGGUAGCAUUAGCGCCUUAUUCCCAGGCACGUACUACCUCAAGAGUGUUGAUGAAAUGCAUAGACGUACUUAUGAACGCACACCUACCAUAGCAAAUGGUGUACAUUAAUAAUGGAAACAUUAUAGUUUGAAAUAAAGUGUUAAGAACAAAGCGUAUAAAAUUAGCUUUAUAAAAAUGGAAUAACGAGAUUCUAGAUUCAAAAAGUGUUAACUCAAAAAAAGGUCAAAAUAA